UAUUUACACGGUAUUGUAGUCCGGCUCUGUAUGGCAAUAUAUUGGAGGAGACAGCACUCCCAAAUAUGUGCUUACUCGCCGACCUGCUGUACGCCUGCCCGUGACCCAGCGACUGCGGGUUGAAUCCACGAUCGCCAAAUGUCCCCCCGCAUUAUUCGGGUCACGCAUUGUUUCCAACUUGCCGCGACGUCUCGGUGGUGGGCCACAAUGCUCCAUGUUGGGCCCUUUCUUGGUGCCACAAUUCGGUGGGUCGAUGGCCGACGGCAGUGGAUUACCGGCAACUCGGCGUGCCUCGCGAAGGCAAGGGCUGCGACGAAGAUGUGGUCGACAAUUCAUCAAGAUAAACAGGAACCAGACCCUUGGGACCUGGAAAGGGUAUCUCAUGCCCGUCUUAGCCUCGCUAUCGAGCACCGUUCUUUCCCCCCCGGAGCGGUUGUUUGCUCAUUCCUGCCCCCCUCGACCACGAUCUUGGCGGCACUGCAUGGUAACUUAAUGGGGCCCCCCAAAGCUGCUCACAAACCAAGCCAUAUCCAUGGUGUAGUACAGUGUACAUCUGUUGACUCACUUCGGAUGAAGCCGUCAGACCCCGGAAGCCAUGACCCUACCCGGGCCCCAGACCGAGGGUUGACGACCGCGAGGAAGCUCAGGCUUCUCGACCAUGACCAGACGUUGUACGGCACUGCUGUGGCACGACAGCUGUUCCUGUAGAUACAGUAGUGGCGUGGUGCAUGCCGCCAGAUGCAGGGGCCGUCGAUACGGUGCAACGAGCUCCCACUUUUGUGUUAGCUGCCUCUCCUUCUGGCCUUGCGGCCGUGGAGCGCUGAAGAACAGCUCCAGCAGUCGGCCGUAGUUCACGCCUUGGGGUGCUGCUCGUCGGACACGAUCUCCACGGGCCAACCACACCCUCCGGGUCGGGAUCAC